AUGCCGGGCCUGAGCCUAUACCUUCUCCAGCUAAAACCCACCAAGGACUCUGCCGACACCAACAUCAAAUCAACCCUCGACGCCAUAAAAUCAUCAGGCAGAAAGAUCGUCGUUGCGUCCAAAGUCCACUUCCAAGUCAUCAGAACCGAAGUCAUCGAUUCCGACUACAUCAAUCGAACGAAAUGGGAUGUUAUGGUCUUGGUUGAUGGCGUUCAAUCGUUGGAGACGAAUGUGAUGCAAGGUGUCUUGCAGUCGUAUCGCAUUACUGUUGGUAUUCCUUCACGACUACUCGAUACAUAUGAUGAACGAAACAAGGAGCUACAAGCCAAACCUCAUCCCAAAAUCGGGCCUCUGCCUAAACCGUCGACAGAUAGUAGCAAGAACUUGGAGCUCUCUCCUGAGUUGUUGGAAUUCGCUGCCAGAUUCACACCUAAGAAUCCGGGCAGUAUCACCAUGCUCAACCUAUUGAAUUUCACGUCGUUGACGGACGGCAAAGCCCAGUACUAUAAAUAUGGACAGGCAUUCAAUCCAGUAGCUGCAAAACGGGGAGGAAACGCGAAAUUGGUUGGAAAUGUGGUACCUCCAGCUGCCGGACAGCAUGAUAGUCGAGGAUUAAGAGAUGGGAUUCUGUGGUGGAAUGAGAUUUCCAUUGUACAUUAUCCGUCCAUCAAUGCCUUUAUCGAUAUGAUUGCAGCCGAAGAAUACCAAAUCGCAAACCGCACACACCGAUUAGGGGUAAGUUAG